AUUUAAAACAAUUUUUUAUAGACUUCAUUUGACAUAUUGUUAGAAUCGAAUUUUAUUUCGUCUAAUCGUAACGGGAAUUUUUAUUGGGCAGUUUAAAAUUAAUCAAAAUUUAAUAAUUCGUUGGCGUAAACAAACUAACAAGCCACGAUGCCUCCAAAAAAAGGGAAAAAGGGUAAAGGCAAAAAGGCGAAAGCCGUGGAUCCAAAUAAAAUGCCUCAAGUGGACCGAACAUUUUAUGAGCUGACUAUUACUGAUUUAAACCAGAAAUUAGCGCGUCUGCGAUCCCAUCUUCAUAAUUUAGAGGAGAAAAAUAUAAAUAUUGCUGAAAAAUUACGUGAAUUAGAAGAGGAUCAUACAGAUGUAGCAGCGUAUUUGGAGCGGACACUAGCCGAUCGUAAUGAGUAUAUUUUAGAAAUUGAGGAGAGACUGACCGAAAUCAUCAAAAUUCGUGAAACGGAGAAAAGAGAAGCAGCGGAAAAAAUUAAAGAUUUGGAAGCUAAAUAUAAGGGAAUGCAUGAUCAAUUGACUUCAGAAAUAAAAUUGCUAAAUGGCAAAUUAAACUCCCUUGAUGAGUUUCGUAUAACACGCGACAUAUUGCUUGCCAAAUUCGAAGAUCAAGAAAUAGAACUAGCAGAAAAGGAUCGUGCCCAGAAAGAGCUUCUAUUUCAGAUGGAGCAAAAAGCAAUUGUUGAAAAAGACGCAUUAAAGAAAGAAAUUGAAGCAAAACUUUUACAAGUUUCUGAAGACUUUACGCGGUCAAGUGAAAUAAGAAAUGCUGGUUAUACUCGCAGACUAAUUCGAGAAAACAUUGCUUUACAGAAAGAAAUAGAUAAGCUGGUGUUUGCCCAAAUAAAAAUUCAAAAGCAAUUGGAGCAACAAGUAGUACGGUACAAGGAAAUGGAAAAUGAGUAUGAUGCUAGCACGGAAAUAAAAAUGCAUUUGAUUCGAACGUCGCAGAAUAAAAUUCAUUUGAUUGAGAAAAUGACAAAUAAUUAUGAAAGGAUGAAAACUAAAUGCCUAGAGAUGUCGAAAUACAAAAAAUUGUAUGAAACAUUAAUGAAAAAGGAAAUGUGUGAUCGUUUUAAUUUCAAUGAUGUGACCAAGAGAAUGCAUUCAUUAAAUCAAGUCAUCGAGAAUCUAAAACAAGAAAAAGGUAAUAUGCUGCUGGUAGAACUACAGCAGCAAGAGGAAAUAAAACAAUUAAAUGCUGUUUUAGAUGUCAUUAAAACUACUGUGUUGUCGGCUAUAAGUAUUACCACACAAGAAUAUAUUGAAACGGAGGAGGCUGAAGGUGAUCGUAUGCUGAAAAAGAGAGAUAUGAUGAGUCAACUAUUAAAUAUUAUAUACAGACAUACAGAAAGUGUUAAAGAACAACCUCCAUCAAUUUAUACACCUUCGCGUUCUAAUUCUACAAUCUAUCGACCUGGUAAAUUAGGUCUCGUUAAACGUUCAACAACUUCAUUAUUUGAACUGUUUAAAUGUGACGUACGUCAAGAAGAAGAAACAAUUGAUUCCAGUUUUAACCGAGACGAUUUGAAAACAGAAGAAAGUAAAAUUAUUCCUAAACCAAUCGGAAUGGAAUGUAAUUCCAUGAUCGACGUCGAACUUGGGUCAAUAUUAUAUAUGUCUUCAUCUCGUGUAGACUUUGAUGGUGGUGGACAAGAUGAAGAACCAGUUGAAGUGGAAGGCGAAGCUAGUGAAUACGAAUCAUCUGUAUCUGUUAAACAAUCUUCGGAAAAAGCGACUACCGCCAGUACUUCUGUUCAUUCGCCCAAACCAUUAGCAUCAUCGCAUUCUACCCCUCAAGAGCAGUCGAAUUUGGGAACUGAAUUUGCAAUUGAAGAAGAUGAAGAAGCCUAUUCAAUAAAUUUAUUUUAUUAAUAUUUUAUUGUAAAGUGGAUUGUUUGUACGUAGACUUUUUGAUUCACUAAAUAAAUAGCUUUCCAUAAUUAA